AUGGCCACAACCCUCACAGCCCAGCUGCCUCGACAGAGAUUGACGGCCUCUUCGAGAUCUCAGAUACCGAGCAGUUUGAUCAGCCUUCGGCGAUACAGCUCCAUCAACACUGCACCUCAUUUGAACUUUCGAAGCUAUGUGGAAGCGCUUCGCAAAGAUGGUGACCUAGCAGACGUGUACGACGAAGUGGAUCCUGAUCUAGAGCUGUCUGCCAUUACUCGUCGUGCUUUGGAAACUUGCGACAAAGCACCCCUUUUCCACAAUGUGAAGGGUGCUCGUGAUGGCCUAUUCAGAGUAACGGGCGCUCCUGCUUCGCUACGGAAGAAGGAGACCGAGCAAUUUGCACGACUGGCGAGACAUGUUGGUCUGGAACCGACGGCCACAAUGUCAGAAAUCUUCGACAAGAUUCUCGACGCCAACAAGUUGAAGCCGAUCCCACCCGUUCAGGUUGCCGAGAGCCCCUGCAAAGAGAAUAAGCUCUUUGGGGAUGACAUUGAUCUCAACAGAAUGCCAGUUCCUCAAAUGCACAGGUUCGACGGCGGCAAGUAUCUGCAGACAUACGGGAUGCAUGUUUUGCAGACUCCGGAUAAGAAAUGA